UAGUUUUGGUUUGGGUAUCCAAGCAACUUCAUGUUCUGCAAUCACUCCAAGUAACUUAAUAUUCUUUGUCUUUCUACUCCAUCAAGAAACCUAAGCUUCGUUUAUUGUUUCAUUCUCAUCAUUCAUACAGCCAUAUCUUCAUCCUUUCCUCUCCAGAGUCAUUAAACACCUUCUACUGAAUCAAUUGAUUGAUGUUCUUCUUCUUCAGUUUUCUUCUAUCUCUCAAUCUUUCAUAAAUCACUCAAAAACACUUCCAUUCACAAACCUCUCUCACCCCUGAAACCAGAUCGCUUCAUUUUCACUCCUCUCCUGUUCCCUUAUAUCUUGUUUACUCAAAAAAUCCUUUCCCAUUUUCUUAUUUUUCGUUUGGAAAAAAGAACAAAAAGAUCUGUUAUUUGAGUUUGCACCUGUUUUAUUUUUUGUAUUUUUCAAAACUGAGAAAGAAGUGAAGAAGGAAAAAAAAGUUUGAAACGGCUGAAGUUAUUGGGGCUAUCGCUGGUGUGGUGAGUGCUGUUCUCGACGUGGGCAAGUGCUUGACUGCUCCGAUUGGGCGUCAAUUUAUGUACCUGUACAGCUACAAGAAGAACAUUGACAAUCUCCAAGGUGAAGUUAGGAAGCUGAAGAAUACAAGAGACGAAGUGCAGGUUAGGGUUACUGCUGCUGAAAGAAACGUGGAAGGGAUCAAGCAGAAUGUUAAGGACUGGCAGAUGGAUGUUGAGAAGACCAUUACUGAAGCAGAGAAGUUGAUUGUAGAGGAAGAAAACCACCCUCGAUGUUUCAAGGGAUUGUGCCCCAAUUGGAUCACCCGCUACAAACAUAGCAAGAAAGCAUUCAAAUUAAAGCAGGAUGAUAUCAGUCAACUCCUGCUGCAAGAAGAGAAAUUCGACAGAGUUUCCCAUCCUAGUAUUCCUCAGGAGAUAUGGCUUAGAUCUAAUGAAGAUUAUCUGGCUUUCGAAUCAAGAACCUACACUGAGAAGAAAGUAUGGGAUUCAUUAAAUGAUGAGAAUAUCUACAUGAUCGGGGUUUACGGCAUGGGAGGUCUUGGCAAGACCACGCUUGUGCAAGAAGUCGGCAGGAAAGCCGAAAAGGAUAAGCUCUUUGACGACAUUGUUUUUGUGGAGGUAACAGAAAAUCCUGAGAUUAAAAAAAUUCAAACAACAAUUGCAAACAAGUUAGGUCUUAAAUUCCAAAAUGAGAGGGAAGGUGGAAGUGAAAAAGCAAAUAAGUUAUAUUCAAGAAUGGAGAAGAAGAAUAUCCUUUUGAUCGUAGAUAAUAUUUGGAAAGAACUAGAUUUGAAGUCGGUUGGAAUUCCUUCGGAAGCUAAUCAUGGAAGAAAUAAAAUAUUGAUGACAACAAGAAACGUAGAUGUGUUGGAGAAGAUGGGUUCCACAAAUAAUUUUGGGAUGGGUAGUUUAAAUGAAGAUGAAGCUUGGGGCCUAUUCAAGAGAAUGGCAGGUAGUGUAAUUCAAACACGUGAAUUGAAUUCUUUGCCACAAGAUGUAUGCAAGGAAUGUGGUGGUUUGCCAAUUGUCAUUUGUGCUAUAGCAAAAGCAUUAAGGAACAAGAGUCGUCCAUCUGAGUGGAAAGUUGCCUUGUGCGAAUUGAGAGCACCUUCACCGACAAAGUUCGGAGCAUUAUUGGAAAAAGAAUACCAAAAGAUUGCCUUAAGUUACAAUUAUUUAAGAGGUGACGAAUUGAGGGAAACUUUUUUGAUUUGUAGUCUGAUGAAAAAUAAUACUUCCAUUUCAGACUUGUUCAAACAUGUUGUCGGUUUGGAUAUACUUGAAGGAGCUAACCUCUCAAUAGAAGAAGCACGAGAUAGGCUAGAUAAAUUGGUCCGAGAACUCAAGGACUCUUGUUUGUUACUUGAAAGUUUAGGAAGCAAACAAUUCUCUAUGCAUGAUGUCAUCCGUGCUGUUGCCAUAACGAUUGCAUAUACAGACCACCACAUUUUUACAACAAGAAAUGACAUUGAGAAGGAAUGGAAGGAUAAAGACAAGCUUAGAAAAUGCACAAAAAUUUGCUUACUUGGAGAUAAUGUCAUACGUCAGCUUUGGCAUGAAGAACUAGAUUUUCCAAACCUUGAAUUUUUCUAUAUGGAUAUGAAAAAUUCUUUCGAAAUCCAUGAGAACUUAUUCAAGAAAAUGCCAAAGCUCAAAGUUCUAAAUUUAUUUGGAAAUCGGCUAUCAUCAUUGCCAUUAUCACUUGGUCGCCUGAUAAAUCUUCAAACAUUGUGUUUAGAUUAUAGCAAAAUUGAAGAUUUUGAUAUCAUUGGAAAGCUAAAGAAACUAAAAGUCCUUAGCUUGCAACGUUCUAGUAUCAAGGAGUUGACUACAGAAAUAUGUCAAUUGACUCAAUUAAGAUUGUUAGAUUUAAGCAAUUGUUGGAGCUUGCAAGUAAUUGUGCCAAAUGAGAUGUCAAAAUUAUCCCAACUAGAAGAAUUGUAUAUAAAGGGAUGCCCUAUUCAAUGGAAGGUUGAAGUACUUGAAGAGUUGAAGGGCUUGUCUCAACUGACUAAUUUGGAAUUAGAUAUUAAAGAUAACAAGAUGUUGCCUAAAGGCUUCUUUUCCAAAGAGCUUAGAAGGUACAAAAUAUCAAUAGGAGAUUGGCGGCUCGGAUAUCUAAGAAUUAACAAAGAUGAGAGUUUGAGGGUGUUGGAAUUUAAAUUUAAUUCUACAGUCUCCUUAGAAGAAUUUCAAGGAAUCAAGAAUGUUGAAAUCUUAGCCGUGGAUGUUGAGAAUAGUAUUGAUGACUUCAAUAUCAUGCCACUUUUUAAUGAAAAGAUCAACUCUGAUUUGGAGAAAAUGGAAUUAGUGGAUGGUAACAGACGGAUUAGAUGGCACAGUCAUUCUAAAGUUCUUGAGAUCAAGUAUGAUGUGUCAGCAAAUAUUCCUUUUGAACUCCUUCAAAGAUUUGAAAAUCUAAAAGAGCUCCAACUUUUUCGUUGUGAUCAAUACAAAGAGUUGUUUCUUCCAAAUCUUCCAAAUCUUGAAGUUCUAAAUGUAGGAUACUGUGAUAGAUUGAUGAGUCUAGUGUCAUUCUCAGCUUCUUUCCACAAUCUUAAAAAGCUGAGGGUUUUCAAUUGCAAAGGGUUAAUGAAGUUAAUAACACCUUCAACAACUAGAAGCUUGAUGCAGUUGAGAGAAAUUGACAUAACGGAUUGUAUGGUUUUAGAGGAGAUUGUUAUGAAAGAAGAAGGAAUAGAAGCAGCUAUCAAAUUUGUCUUCCCGCAAGUAACCUUAUUGAAGCUUCAAUCUCUACCAAAACUUACAGCUUUCUACCUUGAAACACAUACUUCUGAAUGGCCAAAGUUGAAAGAGUUGGUGGUGAGAAAUUGUGACAAAUUCACUUCAAAACUUAUGAGCGUCCAAGAAAAUAGUAAGGAGGGUGAACUUAAUAUUUCAAAUCCAAAGUCCAUCUUCUUGGACGAUAAGAUGAUUUCUGAUUUGGAGAAAAUGGAAUUAAAGAAUGAGAACAGAGAGAUUGAAUGGAAGAGUAAAUCUAAAUCUCUUAAUAUUAGUGGUGAUAAGUCAGCAAAUAUUCCACUUGGACUCCUUCAAAGAUUUGAAAAUUUGAAAGAGCUCAAACUACGUGCCUGUCAUCAAUACAAAGAACUUAAGUGCCUACUUGAUCUUCCAAAUCUUGAAGUUCUAAAUGUAAGUUACUGUGAUAGAUUGAUGAGUCUAGUGCCAUCCUCAGCUUCUUUCCAAAAUCUUAAAGUUAUGACAGUUAACUAUUGCAAUGGGUUGAUAAAGUUAAUAACACUCUCAACAGCUAGAAGCUUGGUGCAAUUAAGAGAAAUGAGGAUAUAUGAUUGUAAACUCUUAGAGGAGGUUGUUGCAAAAGAAGAAGGAGCAAAUGAAGUUGUCAAUUUUAUCUUUCCGAAUGUAACCUUAUUGGAGCUUCGAGAUCUACCAGAACUUACAGCUUUCUACCCUGAAAGACAUACUUCUGAAUGGCCAAAGUUGAAUAAGUUGGUGGUGAUACGUUGUUACAAAUUCACUUCAAAACAUAUGAGCUUCCAAGAAAAUAGUGAGGAGGGUGACCUUAAUAUUUCAGAUCCAAAAUCUAGCUUUUUGGAUGAUAAGGUACAAAUCUCUUAUUUCAUUGUUUAUUGA